AUGGCUGCUCUUCCAAACGUGAACACUGACCGGGCCCAGAAUAACAGUCCGACACCGAAGCCACCUCCACCAUCGCCUAGUGAAGGAGUUGAAACCGAAAACACCCGUGAUAUUCCUCACGACAUGUUAGUAACUGGUUGGCGCGAAGCCGCGAGUCCGGACGCGUCUACCCACCAGCGUGAGCAGAAGAUGUUGCCCAACAAACCCACGUCCGAUGUGUUGUUAGCCGCCAUGAACGAUUUGGGUACUGCGCAAGACGACGCCUCGGUACCAUCCGCCGUGCCGAUGAAGCGUCUGAAGGGGAAAAUGCCAAGCAGAAAGCGUACCUUCGAACCCGAUCCUGACCAGGAGGAGAACGAGAGAAAGGCGGUCAAGUUUCCCAUCGGAGACGGUGACGUCAUGCGUUGUAGAGCACGAGUCAGACUACUCCUCAAGCGGAUUCUGGAUAAAAUAGUAAAGGAUCAGAUAGUGCGGAGGGUGUACCAUAUACAACAACAACUUCCCUGCGAAGGCUGUCAAGAGAACUGGCCCGGUCAGGACGACCACGCCUGUCUGUUUUUCGGAGACACACCAGAGUACCGCGUGGAGGACUAUGUUUCCGAACAUUAUAAACAUGUGGCAUUAUCCAUAGACGCGAAUGAGAUCUUCGAUGUAUUCUACGCCGUAUGUCAACUUUUGGUCGCCGUGGGUUUCACUCACCCGAAACUUAGCAAAGAAACUUUGAACGAUACCAUUCAGGAAAUCCUGUUGGGGUGGGAAAACGAAACCGAGGACAUCGCACAGACAUUCAAUUCGUGGUCGUUUCUCAACGUCACCAGACUCUUAGAUUUUGUUAUGACAUCUCAUUGUGCAUAA